GUCAAAGUUGUAUGCUGUAUACACCGAAGAUGGAUAUGUUUUGUCAGAUUCUCUUUAAGAAUUAUUAUUUUAUGUUUAAAUGUUAAACUUACGGUAUAAUAUAUAUAUAUAUUGUGAAAUCUGUGAGUAAUUUACAAAAUAAGAAUAAGGAGAUCGGCAAUUUUGUUGAUAUUGUAAAUAUAUAGUAGAAUUAAGUAGUAGAUUAAUUUAAAAUUCUAGCAAAUUGCUAUGGAUCGAAGAGCAGAAUUAGAACGAAAAAAGCAGAAGCUUGCUAUGAUAAGAGAAGAAAAGGAAAGAAGAAGAAGAGAAAAAGAAGCAAAAGAGCACGAAGAAAUUGUUACAAGAAUAACAAAACCAGAUAAGGAUUUGAGAGCUGAAACAGAAGAAUUGUUGUCUUCACUUGGAAUACCACUUGGAAAUGAUGGAAGUUUGAUUCGAUCUUUAAAUGCCACCCCAGAAACUAGUCUUUCACCCAUUCCAGACCAGAGUUUAACUUCAACACAAAGUGGCACAGGAUUGUUGAAGAGUUCGAGGAGACAAGUAAAACUAAGUGUUGUAAGUGUCCACCAAGCUAACAUUCCUCCAAAAGAAAGUGUAACCUACAACAAGCAAACUCAGACAGCGACAUCUACAAUUGACAAAGAAGGCUCACUGAGCUCCUCACCCUUUAAGGAAAAUGGUCUUUUUUGGAGGACUCGAAAAGCUCACCCUCUGGAUUAUUACGUUAUUCAUUGGGAUGAAGACGAUGGUCACUUUGUUUUUCCCACACGUUUAGAAUGGGAUGAUGAAUUUCAAGUUCUCACUUAUGGUGAUGUGCCAGUGGAAGAGGAAGGAGAGGGUUGCUCACUACCAUCAAAUGACUCAGAAAGUCCAGCAUUGUAUCCAAGGCACCAUGGUCCUCAUAAGGUGGCAGGUCUCCCCAAAAUUGAGAUGGUUCGUCCAGCCCAUGUAGCUGAGGGAGAUAACCCUCUUACACCAGGUCAUGCUGAUCUGCAGAAAAAAGUAACUGGAACACAGGAUCUAAGUGAAGAGGAGAAACAACAGAUCAUGAUGAGUGAAGAAUUCCAUAGCUUCUUUGAUAAGGCCUCAAGAAUUGUUGAAAGAGCAUUAUAUGAAGAUAUAGACAUUUGUGUGGACUAUACAGGAAUUGGAGAAGAGCAAGAGGGUGAUGACAAAAGUGGGAUUAGGUUGUCUGUUAAUCGAUGUUUUGUCGAUGAUCGUUGGUCAAAGAAUCGCACAAUUACUAGUUUUGACUGGUCUGCUCAAUUUCCCGAGUUACUUGUAGCCUCUUAUAAUAACAAUGAAGAUGUACCUCAUGAUCCUGAUGGUGUGUGUCUUAUCUGGAAUCUGAAAUUUAAGAAAACCACCCCUGAACAUAUUUUUCAUUGUCAGUCUCCAGUGAUGGCAGCCUGCUUUGCAAAGUUUCACCCUAAUUUGAUACUUGGAGGAACGUAUUCUGGCCAAGUAGUACUAUGGGAUAACCGAAGUAACAAGAGAACACCAGUUCAGAGAAGUCCACUAUCUGCCUCAGCACAUACACAUCCUGUGUACUGUGUGCAUGUUGUGGGAACCCAGAAUGCACACAACUUGGUCAGUAUUUCUACUGAUGGCAAGUUCUGCUCUUGGAGCUUAGACAUGCUUUCAACACCUCAGGACACUAUGGAAUUAACACACCAGAAACAAUCACGGGCAGUAGCAGUGACUUCUCUGUCUUUUCCUUAUGGAGAGUUUAAUAAUUUUGUUGUAGGAAGUGAGGAGGGUUCUGUAUAUACAGCAUGUCGACAUGGAAGCAAGGCUGGAGUGAUGGAGAUGUUUGAGGCACAUCAAGGCCCUGUGACAGGGAUCGAUACACAUCGUGCUCAGGGUCAUAUUGAUUUCUCUCAUCUGUUUUUGACUUCUUCCAUAGAUUGGACAGUUAAAUUGUGGAGCUUGAAGGAAAGCAAGCCAGUGUACUCAUUUGAAGACAAUGGAGACUAUGUGUAUGAUGUGAGUUGGUCACCUAUACAUCCAGCCUUGUUUGCUUGUGUUGAUGGCAUGGGUAGACUUGACUUGUGGAACCUAAAUAAUGACACAGAACUUCCAACAGCCAGUGUAGUUCUUGAUGGAAGUCCAGCUUUAAACCGUGUGAUGUGGGCCCCUGCUGGUCACCAGGUGGUUGUUGGUGAUGAUGCUGGCAAAAUUUGGAUCUAUGAUGUUGGAGAGCAACUGGCAACUCCCAAGAGUGACGAGUGGACCAUGUUCAUGCAUACUUUACAAGAGCUAAAGAACAAUCAGGUGGACCAAGAUUUGGAUGCUCUUACAUCAUUAUCAUCCUCGGGUUUUUCCUCAGGAAUACGUUAACUUAUUUUAAUUGUAGUUGAAGUAAUCUAUUUUAUUAUUUAUUAUAACUGGCCUUGCACUAAUUAGUACCACAUGCUAAAGUGGUAAAACAGGUAUGUCUUACACAUUGAAUACUCUGUUAUGGCAGCUGGGAAAAAUUAAUCAUGCUAAUUGUGCUUAUAAAGCAAAUAUUUCCCUUAUUUUAUCAAACUGGUAAAAUAAGUAGCUUAUUGUGAUAAAAUAGUUUUCAAAUUUAAAUUACAGCCAUUUUCUCUGGUUUUUCCAAUUACAAAAGAGAACUCAGUGUAUGCUGUUAAUAAAGUUAUGUAUUCAGUGCAAAA